AUGGCGCGCCUGUACAUUACCUAUACGGUGCCAAGUCUCGAACUCCGCCUAUGGCCCCUACAGUCCUGGUCAUCGCCCUCAAGCUCCGAGUCCGUCCAGGCAAACUUCCGAUAUGAUGAGUGGAUAAAAGCAGACAAGAUAGUGAGACCAGCUGAUAAAAAUGUGCCAAAAAUAAAGCAUCGGAAGAAAAUAAAGAAUAAAACUGACAAAGAGAAGGAUGAGAAGUAUUCUCCUAAAAAUUGUAAAUUGCGACGCUUGUCAAAACCACCCUUUCACAUGAGCACAUCACCAGAGACUGAGUCCAAACUUGACAGCACUGAAGCCAAAAACUCUGAACACGCUCCAGUUAAAUCCAUAGAAAUUACUUCUAUCCUUAAUGGGCUACAAGCUUCAGAAAGUUCUGCUGAGGAUAGUGACCAGGAAGAUGACCAGAGUGCCCAGAAUGUACAUAAUGAUGGCAAGGAGGAAUCUCCAGAUGAGACUGUGAGCCAGGACAAAAGUGAAUUCUGUCCAAAAGAAGAGCAGAGCAGCUCAUCUCCCCAAGAAGAGGGGAAAGCCCUUGCAGAUGUAGCACCACCUAAAUCAGUAUCCAAAUCACCAGAAAGAUUGCGGAAAGAGCUGGAAGAAUUAUCUGAUGAUACGGACUGUGAAGGAGAGGAUGAAGCUACAAAGAAGAGAAAGGAGGUCAAAAAGGAGAUAGUAGAUAAAACAACAAAGCCACAGAUAAAACGUGGUAAGCGAAGAUAUUGCAUCACAGAGGAAUGUGUCAAGACUGGGUCACCUAAUCGAAAGGAUGAAAAGUCCAAGAGCAAAGACUCCCAUAGCUUAGAACAUAGUAGUAACAGCUCCUCAGAUGAAGAUGAGGAGGACAAAUCUAAACUAAAAAUAAUGCCAACUAAGAAAUACAAUGGGAUAGAGGAGAAAAGGAAGUCUUUAAGGACAAGUGGUUUCUACUCAGGGUUCUCUGAAGUGGCAGAAAAAAGAAUAAAGCUUCUAAACAACUCUGAUGAAAGACCUCAGAAUACCAGAGCUAAGGAUAGAAAAGAUGUAUGGUCCAGUAUUCAGGGACAGUGGCCCAAGAAAACAUUGAAAGAGCUUUUUUCAGACUCUGACACAGAGGCUGCAGCCUCACCCCCGCAUGCUUCUGAGGACCCUGCAGUAGAGGAGCAGCUGCAGACUCUUGCAGAAGAGGUUUCUUUGCCCAGCUCUGAACUAGAAAAGCCUUUACUAGCCGGCAUAGAUGUUAAACCUGUUGAGGAGAAACCAACGGAAAUGAGUGACAAGAAAGUUGAAUUUCCAAGCAGUGGGAGUAAUUCAGUGCUAAAUACUCCUCCUACAACCCCUGAAUCACCUUCAUCUGUCACUGUAACAGAUUCUAGUAGACAUCAGUCCAGUGUAACAGUCUCAGAGACAUUGGCACCAAAUCAAGAAGAGAUACGAAGCAUCAAGAGUGAAACUGAUAGCACAAUUGAAGUGGAUAGUGUUGUAGGGGAGCUGCAGGACCUUCAAUCUGAAGGAAAUAUUUCUCCAACAGGCUUUGAUGCCAGCGUCAGCUCUAGCAGUAGUAAUCAACAAGAAUCAGAACAUACCGAAAAAGUCUGUACAGGUCAAAAAAGACUUAAAGAUGCUCAGGGAGGAGGCGGUUCCUCAAAAAAGCAGAAAAGAAGCCACAAAACAUCAGUGGUGAACAACAAAAAGAAGAGCAAAACUACAAACAGCAGUGAUAGUGAAGAACUUUCUGCUGGUGAAAGUAUGACCAAGUCUCAGCCAGCAAAAUCAGUUUCCACUGGAAUGAAGUCUCACCAUACCAAAUCACCUGCAAGAACACAAUCUCCAGGAAAAUGUGGGAAAAACGGAGAGAAGGAAUCUGAUCUCAAGGAACAGAAUAAUCGUUUGCCUAAAGUUUAUAAAUGGAGUUUUCAAAUAUCUGACCUGGAAAAUCUGACAAGUGCAGAGCGCAUAACAAUCCUACAAGAAAAACUGCAAGAAAUCAGGAAACACUACCUGUCCUUAAAAUCUGAGGUAGCUUCCAUUGACCGAAGAAGAAAGCGCUUGAAGAAAAAGGAACGGGAAAGUGCCGCUAUUGCAUCAUCUUCUUCUUCCUCACCUUCCUCCAGUUCCAACAGCUGCAGUUAUGUUAACUUUAGCAGAACCAUCUAUGUCAAGUUCAUCACAAAAUGGGAUGUCAGUUGAGUGCAGGUGACAGCAGGACUUGCCAAAGCACUUUGCACUUAAUGGCUGCUGAGGGCCACUUUUUUUUAUACUGCACGGUGGCACAAAAUUCAGACAAGCACUAUUUUGUAUUUAAAAAUUGUUUCUUGACAAGCUAACUUUGCACUUAAGUGCACUUUUAUGAAGAAAAAGUACAACAAACUGCUUUUCCUCAAGCAAUAAUUGUUUCCAACUUGUCUGGGAAUUGUACGUCUAGUGACUCGAAGGCCUUCCACUGUGGCAAAUGGAGAGGCUGUUCACUGCCUGUAGAGACAGUACAGUAAGCAUACAGUUGCUGGAUGGGCCUAAUUGAUGUGUUAAGGCUUACUGUACAUGUAUUCCCUGGUAUUUUGUUAAAGCUGGAACAUUUGAUAUUUUUCCAUUUAUUUAUGACAAAUAUUGAACCUAUUUUCAUUUGUACAAACUAAUUGUUUUUUAACUUCUGAGUCACCUCAUAGUGGCUUUAAUUGUAUAAGUCAAGCACAUGUAUUAAAUUCAAAACCUGCAGUUAGUAGGAUGUUUGACAUCAGUCCUGAUAACCAAAUAUGAAGAUUCUCUUUUAAAAAGACUGACUAAUGUUUACAGGUUUGAAUUAGGCUAAUAGGUUACUAUGGGUUGUAAUAACCCAUUAAUUGGAAUGGAACUACUGUACUUUGCCAUUUUUCUAUGAAUCAGUAUUUUUUUUAAUUUUGAUAAAAUACAUUAUGACAAAAGGAAGAAAAUGGCUAUCAAACUGUAUUAAAUCUUAAACAAUGUAUAAAGAUUGUAUUUAGCCAGUUUAAAGUGUAUAUUUAUUCAUAAUGGAUUAUAACAGUUAUAUUUUUGUGUUUUCUUGUAAAUGUUUCAUUUCCCUUUAAAGCAACAAAUAUUUCAUUUGUAAUGCUUAUUUUAUUACGAGCUGCAACAGAGAGGACUUCAAGAAGGAGAAAGCUGUGUUAAUAUAGUUUGUGGUUGCUGAUAUGAACACUCACAAAAGGAUAGUUGUUUUUAAUAUAAAUAGCUAGCUGAGUGUUAGACAUAAUUUUUUAAAAAAAAAAUGCCUUGUACAAAAUCCAAAACCAACUCAAAAUUGUUUUCACACAUAUUGAUUUUAUGUUGUAUGAAUCCCAAGCUCUCUCCUGUUAAUUAUACAUCUUUAUAAGACAUUUGUAUAUUGCGGAAGUGUUCAUUCAAGCUAUUUAAUACCUGGCACUGUUAAUACACAGUACUUUAUUGUA